CAGAGCUAUAGGAAUCAUGCUAAUAUUAGGCUUGAUUUUCUGCUGCAUGAUUUUGCCAACUCAGCAGGUUGUCAACCGCGAUAUAUUGUCGAUAUACAAGAAGACAUUCCAUGGUGACGGGACGUUUUACGGUGAAGGUGGCGGUCUCAAAGGUCUAUGUCAGUAUUAUCCCCCCGGACUACCGCCAGCUGGAAGAAGUUCCCUCAUCCGAAACACCGUAGCUUUAAACAAACCACAGAUGCAUGGAUCGCUGGGAUGCGGAAUGUGCUUUAAGGUGAAGGGAUCAGGGAAGGGCGCUGGCAACACCCCGAUCACAGGAGACUUCUACGUGUUUGUGGACAACCUUUGCCCAGAGUGCCUAGAAGGUUCCUUGGACUUUGGCCAGGAUGGGGACGGCAGGUGGGCUAUAGAGGUCCAGGCUGUACAAUGCCCCGUGGGAAACACGAAGAUACAGUACAGCUUUCAGGGAAGUCACCAAUGGUAUAUCAAGCUUCAGAUACGCAAUCACAGGAUUCCGAUCACAGGCUUAAGACUGUACCAGAGCAAGCGCCAAGAGUGGACGCCAUUAAAACACACAGCGGAUGGGUACUGGGAGUUGGAUCCGACUCAUGAAUGGGACAAACCCUUAGUGGCGCCAUUGAAGGUGCAGCUGGUGGCAGCCAAUGGCGUUGUCCUAAAAGAUAGCAUACCUAAAAUAGAAAAUGGCGUCGCUAUCCAGGGAAAUGUCCAGGUACCGUACGACCCACACUUGCCCAACACUGAGUGACCGAGUGACUGGAUUGAAUGAGUGAUUGAUGGAGGAGAAACACGGUACGACCCACACUUGCCCAACACUGAGUGACUGGAGUAAAAACAUAACCUAACAGAACAAUAAAAUUGAGAGAAAUUAAACUAUGAA